GUGUCGUAACAGUGACACGGUAAGGUAGGAACCAUUUUCUGUUUGGAAUUAUUGAUCAAUUGCUUGGAUCAAUACCUUUAAUUGUCCAUAUGGAGUUGGUUGAAGGCUAAUUGUGCCAAGGAUUUACUCACAUAUUAUCGGGGUAUUUACUCUAGCGGCGAUUCCAACCAACUGAUGCAGUUAUGUAUGACAAAGUCAAUAGUGAUUUGUUUACUCUAAAAUGACAGAAACCGCCAAUCAGAACUUGGAGAUUUUUAAGCUAGUUAGGUUUCCUUGGAGGCUUUUUCACUCGAUUUCAAUGUACUUUUAAGUGUUCUGUUUAAUCUAUUUAUUAUGACAUUUUCGCUACCUGUGUUAUACCUGAGGAUAGUAUAUUUUGUAAAUGAAUUCCAUAUGUAAACAUUUUUGUGUAGCCAGCUCACAAUAUUCUACGAGGUCUGAGCAAUAUUCCUCAUACCCUUAGUUUGUCAUUAACCCAUGCUCCCUAUUUUCGGGGAAAAUCUACCCGUUUUCGAUUAAUUUUAGGCAAGCCACAAUAGGAAAUGCUGGAAAAGUGACACGAAAACCCCAGACGUUUCUCCAGAUCUGGGGAAGAUCCUCGAACUUUUGGAGAACUUUAGGGUUUACCCCAAUAUAUGCCCGAAAACACUUCAGGGAGACCCCUAAAAUUAACUCAGAAUAGGAAGAUUGAGAACCCAACAACUUAGAAAAUUACAUUUAACCACCUAGAAGUGCUCAAAUACGCUUCCACCAGUUGAAAAACCUUAAAAUAUUGGGCUUAGAAUUGCUGGUGACGUCGAAACCUAUAUCUCGUGAUCCCAAACAUCUGUCGGUAGGACUAUAUUUUAUGGACGGCCUUUGAACGAAUUUUUAAGUGACCUUGAACCUAUUAGCCAAUCAGAAGAGAGUUAGUAUAAAGUAAAAACAUUAUAAAAUACUUAUGAAUUACAGCAGAUAUUCUACUUUUACAUGAUUUAAAAACUUGUUAAGGUUAGAUAAAGGUUCAGAUGUCCUGAAAUCAUAUUGCAUAGGGUUAGGGUGCACAAACCAAAGUCUAUGGAGGCAUCUAUACGCUUUCCAAUUCCUCAAACGCUUCUGAUUGGCUCGUCCAUAAAUUAGAGUCUUACCCAACUGUCUUGUGUAGGUUCGGUUAGAAAUAUCUUCAUCCUACAUAACCACCCUAAACUCGUAGCAUCACUGCCGCUUGCUUGUAGUCCUAGAGUUGGAAAAGUAGUUUUUCCUAAGCCUCUUUAGGCAGGAAAUGUUAUGUUUCCUCGAGACAUCCAAACAGAAUUUUGGGCGAGACUCUAAUUUAGGGACGAGCCAAUCAGAAGCGUUUGAGCAAUUUCAAGGUCACGGAGCCAAGUUCAACACGCGCUGCUAACAUACGAUCGGUUCACAGCGGAUUUUAGAGAGUAGGUGAUUAAUGAGAGGUUACAACAGAUGGGACGGCGAAACUCUAAUUUAGGGACGAGCCAAUGAGAAGCGUUUGAGCAAUUUCAAUUAUUAGCCAAUCAGAAGACAGUAUAAAGUAAAAAUAUAUUACAAGAAAGUAAUGAAUUACAGUGGAUAUUCUUCUUUUACAUGAUUUAAAAACUUGUUGAGGUUUGAUAAAGACUCAGAAGUUCUGAAUUCAUAAUGCAUAUUGUAUAGAAACUCGUCCAUAGGGUUAGGGUUUGGGGUUAAAAUUAGGGUUAAGGGUUAGGUUAAGGUUAGGGUUAGGGUUAGAUUAGGGUUUAGGGCUAAGGUUAGGGUUUUUGGGUUAGAUUAGGGUUUAGGGUUAGGUUUGGUUAGGUUUAGGGUUAGGGUUAGAUUAGGGUUUAGGGUUAGGGUUAGAUUUGGGUUUAGGGUUAGGGUUAGGUUAGGAUUAGGGUGCUAACAUGCGAUCGGUUUACAUCGGAUUUUAGAGAUGUGUUUACUUACAGGCUACAACCCUAACCACUAACCCUAUGGACGAGUUUCUAUACAAUAUGCAUUAUGUAUUCAGAGCCUCUGAACCUUUAUCAAACCUUAACAAGUUUUUAAAUCAUGUAAAAGAAGAAUAUCCACCGUAAUUCAUUACUUACUUACAAUAUAUUCUCACUUUAUACUAACUGUCUUCUGAUUGGCUAAUAAUUGUCAAGGUCACUUAAGAUUCGUUCAAAGGUCGUCCUUAAAUUAGAGUCUCGCCGAAUUUUGCAUUACACAAAAAUGUGUCUCUAGAUCCCAAAACUCAGUGGGUGUUUUUGUCGUCAAUUGAUAGUAACUCAGAAAUAACAAUAGCAAACGGAUACUGGGGUUUACAAGCACAGAAUGAUCCUAAACGUUCACUUAAAAAUUAUUUCGAAGCUAGAGUAGUACUUUUCUAAUACUCAGGAUUUCCUGGUUUGUUAUAUAUCGCUCUGGUUUUUUUUUAACUAUGCUGUACCUCAGCUAACAUAUUUAUACGACCUUGCACUUACAGAGACUUCUCAGUUAUUUUUAACAGAUGAUUAUCAAACGUAGAUCCAUCUAUAAAUCCCCCUUAGUUGUGUUCAUCGAUAGUUUGCACUAGAGUCUAGACCUUAAUUUUGUGCAGUAAAGGACGUGUUAGAUGUCUACAAAUAAUACAUUCCGUUACCAAAUCAGAGUAUCUUCUCUAAAGUGGAUUGGAAGUAAGUAGACAAAAUCGAGUGGUAUUUUCCACUCGGGGCCCAUUUUCGGACAUCAGUUUGGCUAAGUAUUGACUGGUCAUUAAGAAACGAAAAUACCUGUUGAGAAGUGACAUACAGAGCACGAUUUACAUGGGAUAUCUCGUUCAAUUUGUAUAUUUUUCAACCUAUUUUAGGACAGUUCCAUAAGACACCGAAAACAACCUACACUUUGAUUUUAUUGGUAAGCGUUUAGAACAAAGCUAGUGAACUUGGGUAAUAUAAUCCCGAUUUCAUGUUGAAAUUGUGUAUUCUUAGGCAUUCAUUCAGUUACAUUUUGUUGUUAAUUCUCUCUUAACUUGACUAAGGUGUCAAUUUCGGAAACUUUUUUUGACUUGAUAGAAUUAUAAAGGCACGUAAUGCCAACCUCUGAUAUACAUAAUAAAUAUCGAGAAGUUAAAGAAAACUUUGAAAAUUACUUUAAUACAUUCGUCAGUCUGUUACAUCAUGACCAUCCAAAAAGUCUUCAAUUGGCAGAACAACAUUUCCAAAAUGUAACUUCGUAUAAUUUAUCUAGUGGCAAACGAAUUCGAGGAGUGUUAGUUGUCCUUUCGUAUAUGGUGUUCAGCAAUAAAAAUGAAAACUCUAGGAAAAACUUGUCGUGUGCAUAUCUUAUUGGUUGGUGUGUCGAAUUGUUACACGCAGGAUUCCUUGUUUUGGAUGAUAUAAUUGACAAUUCUACACUUAGACGGGGCCAACCGUGUUGGCAUUGUACUCAGAUAGAUUUAAACCGUGGGUUAAUUGGAGUUAAUGAUGGUUUACAUCUGAUUUUAUACUUGAUCCACUCUUUAUUUGCUGAAAAUCAAAGUAAUGUUGAUUCAUAUUCAUGGAAGGACAAAAAUAACGUAUAUCUCAAAUUAUGCAAAUUGUUUGAUGAAAUUAGUUACAAAACGUGUUCUGGCCAAUGCUUGGAUGUACUAUCAGCAAAUCCUAAUAAUCAAUGUAUUUUGAACGGAAAACAGAAUAAUUUGGAGUUUGAUAGUUUUGCUCGAAACUACUCAUCAGAUGUCUUUGAAGCUAUAACACACUGGAAGACGGGUUUUUAUACUUUUUAUCUACCUGUAGCGUGUGGAAUGAUUUUGGUAA